AUGCUCCCGAAACGGCGGCUAGCGCGGGCCGGGUCCCCGGACGGCGGUGCCAUCUCCUUAGCGCCCUCGUUGGCGCGCUUCCCCGGCGUAGCCAUCUACCUGGCGGAGCCGCGCAUGGGCCGCAGCCGCCGGGCCUUCCUCACACGCCUGGGACGAUCCAAAGGCUUCCGCAUCCUCGACGCCUGCAGCUCUGAGGUGACACACGUGGUGAUGGAGCACACCUCGGCGGAGGAGGCUGCACGCUGGCAGGAGCGCAGCUUGAUGGCUGCUCCCCCGGGCUGCACCCACCCGGCUCUGCUGGAUGUAAGCUGGUUCACUGAGAGCAUGGCAGCUGGGCAGCCUGUCCCGGUGGAGCACCGGCACCGCCUGGAGGUUGCUGAGCCCACGAAGGGGCCUCCAAGCCCUGCAUGGAUGCUGCCCUAUGCCUGCCAGCGCCCCGCGCCCCUUGCACACCACAAUACCAGCUUCUCGGAGGCUCUGGAGACACUGGCAGAGGCAGCGGCCUUUGAAGGCAGCGAGUGCCGCCUCCUUUCCUUCCGCAGAGCAGCCUCUGUGCUCAGGGCCCUUCCUGGCCCUGUUACAGCCCUGAGCCAGCUGCAGGGACUGCCCCAUUUUGGAGAACACUCUUCCAGGGUUGUCCAGGAGCUGCUGGAACAUGGAGUGUGUGAGGAGGUGGAGAGAGUCCGGCGUUCAGAGAGGUACCAGACCAUGAAGCUCUUCACCCAGAUCUUUGGGGUUGGCGUGAGGACUGCUGACCGGUGGUACCAGGAAGGGCUGCGAACCCUGGAUGACCUCCGAGGACAGCCCCAGAGACUGACCAAGCAGCAGAGAGCAGGUCUCCAGCACUACCGAGACCUGAGCACCCCAAUCCAGCUGCCCGAUGUGGAGGCCCUGCAGCAAGUAGUGGAGGUGGCUGUGGUGCAGGCCCUGCCCGGGGCCACCAUCACACUGACUGGCAGCUUCCGGAGGGGGAAGUCGCAGGGCCACGACGUGGACUUCCUCAUCACCCACCCCGAGGACGGCCGGGAGGCAGGACUGCUGCCCAGCGUGAUGUGCUGCCUUCAGAGCCAGGGCCUUGUCCUAUACCACCAGCACCAGCACAGCCACUGUGGGUCCCCUGCCAAGCGGGCCCGGCACAGCCACACCAUGGAUGCCUUUGAGAGGAGUUUCUGCAUUUUCCGCCUGCCUCAACCCCCGGAGACUACUGUGGGAGAUCCCCCUAGGCCCUGCCCAGCCUGGAAGGCUGUGAGGGUGGACCUGGUGGUUGUGCCCAUCAGCCAGUUCCCCUUUGCUCUGCUUGGCUGGACUGGCUCCAAGCUUUUUGAGCGGGAGCUGCGCCGCUUCAGCCGGAAGGAGAAGGGGCUGUGGCUGAACAGCCACGGGCUGUUUGACCCUGAGCAGAAGGUGUUCUUCCACGUGACUUCAGAGGAAGACAUCUUCAAACUCCUGGGCCUCGAGUACCUUCCCCCAGAGCAGAGAAACGCCUGACCCUUCCCGCCGGCCCCCACUUCCACUCUUAGGAAAUGAGAGGCUGCCCCAGACCCUUGUCCACUGAACAUUUCCAGGCAGAGGUUCUGCCACCUCACGUUGUCACCCCUCCUGAGCCAGCAUGUCCUCACCAGCAUGCUGCAGGGCAUUGGCGAGGCAGGGGCCUUCAGCUGUGUCAUCCUGAGUUAGCUCUCAGCCUUCCCAUGCCUCUGGGUCCUGUCUUGGACAGGAUCUGAGUGGUGCCCACUUCACGGAGCUGUGGCAGACCCUGUGGUCGUGAGUGGCCCUGCCUGAUGCAUGUCUGUUCAGUCGAGUUGUAGCUACUGUGACUCCUGCAGGCUCCCUCCACCCCCACUAAGAAGUGCCCUGCAUUUGAGCCAUAAGGUGGAUGCUGUGUUUCGUGCCUGUGAGGAGUCCACUUGGGGUGUAAGGGUGUGCCACUGGCAUCCGGGGAGGGGCUGUGAGGAAGAGGACUUUGGGUGCCGGGGCCUCAGGACUGCAGCCCCCAGUCUGGCGUCCUGCUUCUGCCUUGAAGGCCCACUCUCAGCACAUUCUUAAACACAGGGCACCUCCUGCCUUCUUGCUCAGAGCCCUCCAGCAGUUCCAAACCCAGUCCCUGCCAGCCGCAUCUGCACUCUGCCUCUGCCCGCUGGUCCAAGCCCUUCUGGCUCACUGCUUUCCCACUUUAUGCGCCCCAGGCCCCACAUGCCCGGCUCCAAGGGCUGGACAUGCGGGUCACACGCCCAGGAAUGUGCCGGCUGUAAGGCCUCACCCUCACCAGCUCGGCCACCUGGAGUGACUCCCCCCACAUUCCCCUCCCCCAUCAGGUCUUGACUCAGAAGUCACCCAUCAGGUGAGGACUUCCCAGAAUUGUCACCACUUAAACAGUAUUUUUUAAAUGCCAUGCAGAAAAAUAAAGUGCCAUUCAGUAAAA